AUGGAGAAGAAGUUAGGGAAGGAGAAAAGGGAAGGAGAAGAAGUUAAGGAUGGAGAAAUAGUUUGGGAUGGGGAAGAAGUGAAGGAAGCAGAAGAGGUGAAGGAAGAAGAAGAAGUUUUGGAUGGAGGAGAAGUUAAGGGUAAAGAAGAAAGUAUUGAUGGGGAAGAAUUUUGGGAUGGAGAAGAAGUUAAGGAGGGGGAAAUGAUCAUGGAUGGAGAAGAAGUUAAGGAAGGAGAAGAAAUUAGGGAUGAUGCGGAAGAAAGUAAGGAUGGAGAAGAAGAAGUUAUGGACGGAGAAGAUGUUAAGGAAGGAGAAGAAACUAGGGAAGGAGAAGAAGUUAGGGAUGGAGAAGAAGUUUGGGAUGGAGAAUAA